GCUGUGUGAGGCAGUCCAGCUCCCUCCUCUGUCGCUGCCAUUCGGCACCAGAGAGUUGAGCUCAAAUAACGCCGAUCUAAUCGCGCCUAGUUUGCUUCUGUCUGAUUUUUUUCGUUUCCUUCGUUUUAUUAGACUAUUUUUAAGUUCUUAUGGAGUCUAAAAAAAACAUUUCAAUCCGAGGAGGAUUGCGACGGCGACGUGCGGCCUGCCUCUUUGUCUUUGGGUGCUUUUUUCUGAAUGCGACCGAGGCCCAUAUCCGCUACUCAAUCCCCGAGGAGAUGAAAAAAGGCUCGCUGGUGGGAAACGUGGCCCAAGAUCUCGGUUUGGAUCUGAAAAGACUCCGUUCUGGGCGGGCCCGCAUCGUCACCGGGGAGAACGUCCAGUACGCCGAGCUGAGGGCGGACAAAGGGCUCCUGGUUGUCCGUGAGAGGAUCGACCGAGAACGGCUGUGUGGAGACGUGACGCCGUGCAGCUUCACCUUCGAGAUUUUGUUGGAAAACCCCAUGGAAUUGCACCCCGUCACCAUCGAGGUGGUGGACGUCAACGACAACGCUCCCACUUUUAAAAAUAAUCAUUUGCGGUUUGAAAUCAGUGAAUUGGCUGCACUUGGCUCCCGUUUUGUUUUGGAGAGUGCGUAUGAUGCUGAUGUGGGAACAAAUGGCGUGCAGAGUUACAUUUUGACACCGAGUGAUAAUUUUGUGUUAAAGCAACACGUCAGUCCCGGAGGCAGAAAAUAUGCGGAAAUGGUCCUGCAGAAAGCUUUAGACAGGGAAGAACAGCCGCGACUUGCUUUAAAAUUAGUGGCUGUGGACGGUGGAAGUCCACAAAAGUCAGGUACAGUAAAUAUAGAUAUUGACAUUCAGGAUAUAAAUGACAAUGUUCCUGCCUUUAAUCAAACGUUGUAUAAAGCUAAGGUGAUAGAAAAUGCAGCAAAAGGUACUCCUGUUCUGAUUGUGAAUGCAACUGAUGCAGAUAGCGGAUCAAAUGGUCAGGUAACAUAUUCUUUUUCAAAGUUAAAUGCAGAGAUAGCAGAUAUUUUUGACAUAGACGAGAAGACAGGAUGCAUAUCUGUUGUGAACCAAAUCGAUUAUGAAAAAGACAAAACAAUCGAGUUCAUGGUUGAAGCCAAAGAUCAAGGUGCAUUAACAGACUCCAGCAAGGUGGAAAUUGAAGUCGUGGAUCUGAAUGACAAUGCCCCCGUCCUCAAUGUGAUGUCCUUCACGAGUCCAGUUUCAGAAGACUCCCCAGCCGGUACCACAAUUGGCAUCAUUAAUGUAAAGGACCAGGAUUCGGGCGACAACGGUCACGUGACCUGCACAAUUGAAGGCCGCGUUCCAUUUCGGAUGAAGUCCAGCUUGAGAAAUUAUUUCACCUUAAUGACUGAUGCCGAUUUCGAUCGUGAAAGUGUGUCCGAAUACAACAUCACAGUUGUUGCGUCUGACGCCGGCUCGCCCCCCCUCUCCACCAAGAGAACUUUUCAUUUGAAAGUUUCGGACAUCAACGACAAUGCACCUGCGUUUCCAGUCAGCUUUUAUCAAGCCACCCUCGCCGAAAACAACUCGCCUGGUGCUUCUGUGCUGAGAGUGAGUGCCAAAGACCCGGACGAAAACCAGAACGCUCGUGUCUCCUACAUGUUGGAGCCGGGCGAGAUCGGGGGAACUCCCGUUGCAGAAUUUGUGUCCGUCAACGCCCAAAGUGGAAUUAUCAGCGCCGUGCGCUCCUUGGACUACGAGCAAAUCAAGCGUCUGGACUUUGUGGUGCGAGCGCAGGACGGAGGCUCCCCUCCUCUCUUCAGCAACGUGAGCGUGGGCGUCCUGAUCCGGGACCAGAACGACAACGCCCCUCAGGUCCUGUACCCGGUCCAGACGGGCGGCUCGGGGCCGCACGCCGAAAUGGUGCCUCGUUCGGCGGACGCGGGCUACCUGGUGACGAAAGUGGUGGCGGUGGACGUGGACUCUGGCCAGAACGCCUGGCUCUCCUACAAAGUGCAGCAGAAAUCUUCCCCCGACAGGGGGGCGCUGUUUGAAGUGGGCCUCCACAAUGGAGAAAUGCGAACCGUCCGCCAAGUGACCGAUAAAGAUGCCGUCAAACAAAGACUGACCGUCGUAGUGGAGGACAACGGGCAGCCCUCUCGUUCGGCUACGGUGGUGGUUAACGUGGCGCUGGCGGACGGCUUCCCCCAAGUGCUGAGGUCGGAGUUCGCCGACGAGGACGAGCGGGAGGCCGACGAGCGGCUGACUUUUUACCUGGUCUUGGCUUUGGCUGUGGUCUCCUUCCUCUUCGUGGUCUGCUUGCUGCUCAUCAUAUCGGUCAGAGUGUACAGGUGGAGACAGUCUCGGGACCUGUACGGCUCCAACCUCCCCGUCAUUCCGUAUUAUCCGCCGCGUUACUCCGACACUUUGGGGACGGCGGGGACUCUCCCGCACGUCUACAAUUACGAGGCCUGCGCCACCGCAAAAAGUCACGUGAAGAACACGCAAGCCGUGAGUCAAAGUUUAGUCAGUGUGGACGGAGCGGACGCUGACGGGCCGCACGGCGGCGAGCAAAUGUCGGGAAACUUCUCUCAGAUGUCGACUUUGGUGAGUCGAAUCUUUCACAGUUUCCUUUCCAUUUAACGGUUUUCACUGCUUUUUGUGGUUUUAUAAGUUAUUUUGCUUUGUUGCUGAAUGGUUAAUGUUUUAAUGUUCUACAAAUACUUCCUUGUCGUAAAAUUGUUUCUCAGUGCUCAAUUGACUUCACAGUUUGCAAAUAUGCUUACUUGCAAGCAAGCCUUGUCAUCAGCUUUUUUUCUCACCAGCCAGUUUUCGAUUUACAACCCCAAUUUCAAUGAACUUGGAACAUUGUGGUCAUCAUAUGUAAAAACAGUAUCCAAUCAUCUGCAAAUCGUCCACCUAUACGUCCUAUUAUUAACCCCAAAAAUGUCACCUGAUCUUUUGAACCGGCGCCAUUUUGUGGGUCAAACUUUCCAUUCUGCUUGACGAUGGUUUUCUUAGUUUAACUUGAAUUACUGAUGGUUUUUUCACUGCAUUGACAAAAUUAUCGAAAUAUAAUAAAGAAAACUGAAGCACA